UUUGGCGUAACAUUUAAUAUUUAUUUAUAACCAAAACUGUUCACUAAAGUGCUUACAGGCUGGACUCAAAAACCGCAAUCGAGAUAUUGUAAUCAAAGCGGAGUCCAUAUUUAUAAACGAAUUCAUUGCUCGAAGAAAUAUAUUAUGUUGGCCGUAAGAAAUGACACGGACUAAUAUACGCAGAGGUGUACGGAAGCGGAGACAUCAUCAUGAAACAUACAGGUUUAAAAAAGAAAGCAAGCCAGGAGUUUUGGAAAUUGUUGAUCACUCUCUUAGCUUCCGCAUGUGAGAAGCGAUUUUCGUUGUUCGUCUUAUGCAUCUAAUAAUAUGGUAUAGUAUUGUGGAAUGAAAGCGUGGAUAAGACCGUUCGCGCCUAAUAUACAGAUAAAAAAAUUAAAUAUUUUAAUCUAAUGCUCCAUAUCCAGAAAAAAGGAUGCAGUGUGUAGUCCGAACUGCCUAGUUGAAGCUAGGAGAGUUUACUUCUGCAACAAUUUUAAUGUAUUAUAUGAAAUACUCGGUUAAAAUAAAAUUGGAAAAUAUUACAGAAAGUCUUCAAAUGGAAUCUUAUGCAAAACUGUAAAACAUAUUCCCUUUUAAAUACGUUACAAUUUUUUUAUUUUUUGUAACAGUCGUACAAAAAACCAUCAUCGAAGUUGAAGCGAAGAGAUAUUGCUUGUUCGUGUGUUUUCCUACAACAAACAAGAGAAGAUUAAUAACCCAAACUGAGGCAGCCCUGUGGAGAAGACGGUAACGUCCCAGGUCUCAACACGAUUGGAUCGGUUAUUAAAACCCAUCUGGGCCAAACCCCUGUAUGCAGAACUGACUAUCUUGCUACGGGUAAAUAAAAUCAAAGAAAGUCAGUAAUGGCAGACCACAAGACCUCUUGAAGUUAUAGUGCCACAAAAGAAGAAAUUAGAAAAUAGAAAUAGCCUAUUAGUGACGAUUAUUUAGAUUUAAGGUGCGAUUCUCCGUAAAGAAUGAAAAAAUAACAUCUACACACGCGUGUCGGUUUGAAAUGCGCGCUAGGCAUAUUAUCAAAAAUGCCGCCCAACUUUCUGACUUCAGCACACUGUGCAAUGUGGUAUGUCGUUCAUAAGCAACUGUCAUUAAUUUGUUUUGAUCGUACGCUCAUUACACGCGCUUUGGUAUUGCACCGUAAAAUACAUGAGAAUCGCAAUUGUUGAAGCAAAACUGCUUUUACAAAAUGCCAAAGGAGCAGUUCCGUGAAGCGGAUGUAGUGAAGAAAAUAUCGCAAGUUUCGUUCAAUAUUGACAGCGCCCAGCAAAUUCAACAGGAGGCUCAUCUUCAUGUCGUUGCAAAAAAUUUAUACAAUCAAAAUGCAGAACGCACGCCGGUUGCUUACGGUGUAUUGGACAGACGGAUGGGAGUAAGUCAGAAGGACGCCACCUGUGAAACGUGCAAGAAGGGUUUAAAUGACUGUGUGGGACACUUUGGUUACAUCGAUCUAGCUCUGCCGGUGUUUCACGUGGGACACUUUCGAGCAACGAUUACAAUACUGCAAUCAAUAUGUAAAGUUUGUUCUCGAGUAAUGCUGAAGGAAGAGGAAAAGAAACAUUUUAGCGCUCGACUGGUGAAUCCCAAUUUGUCAUACCUGGCAAAGAAGUCCAUCCACAGUCAGGUAUUGAAAAAAGCGAAGAAAAGCACCAAAUGUCCCUAUUGCUACAACUUAAACGGUCCGGUAAAGAAAGGUCCAGGGCUAAUGAAAAUAGUGCAUGAACCAUUUCGUGGAAAGAAGCCAUCCGAUCCGUUGGUCACCAAUGCGCUUCAUCAGAUGCAAGCCGCUAUAGAAUCGAAUCGUGAACUUUCGCAAACCGUCGUCGGUCCUGCUUCAUUAUCCAAGGAACUAAAUCCGGUAGAGGUGUUGGAUUUGUUCAGAAAUAUUCCAAAAAGCGACGUGCCCCUGCUUGGCAUGACAUCCGCACAAUCGAAUCCUGCCGAUUUAAUCGUGACCCGCGUUUUUGUGCCCCCGGUAUGCAUUAGACCGUCCGUCGUAUCGGAAGUAAAGGCAGGGACAACUGAAGACGAUUUAACGAUGAAGCAGAGUGAAAUAUUGCUCAUCAGUGACGUGAUUGCGAAGCACAUGAUGACCGGCGGUAAGAUCGAGCUGAUUCAAGAAGACUGGGAUUAUUUGCAGCUUCACUGUGCGCUGUAUUUCAACAGCGAGCUCUCCGGGAUCCCACUUUCGCUUAUGCCUAAAAAGCCAACCCGCGGUAUCGUGCAACGGUUAAAAGGGAAACAAGGUCGUUUUCGAGGGAAUCUUUCGGGCAAACGAGUUGAUUUUUCAGCCCGUACUGUAAUUUCUCCCGAUCCUAACUUGAUGAUCCAUCAAGUGGGCGUACCGGACAGGGUAGCAAAAAUUCUAACCUUUCCAGAAAAAGUUAAUUCGGCUAACAUGGCUCGUAUGCGUCAGUUAGUCCGCAAUGGCACCGAAAAACACCCUGGAGCAAACUAUGUACAGCAAAAAGGGAGCGCAUUCAAAAAAUACCUUGCUUAUGGAAAUCGCGAUAAAGUAGCACAAGAUCUCAAAUGUGGUGAUAUCGUCGAGCGACAUCUAAUCGACGGCGACGUUGUGCUGUUCAAUCGUCAGCCUAGUCUGCACAAACUGAGCAUUAUGUGUCACGUGGCAAAGGUUCAACCGCAACGAACAUUCCGGUUUAAUGAAUGUGCUUGCACGCCCUACAAUGCCGAUUUCGACGGGGACGAAAUGAAUCUUCACUUACCCCAAACUGAAGAGGCCCGCGCUGAGGCGUUCGUCCUAAUGGGCAACAAGUCAAACUUGGUGACGCCACGAAACGGAGAGCUACUGAUUGCAGCUACACAAGACUUCAUCACCGGUGGAUAUCUACUAACACAAAAGGAUCAAUUUUUAACGUGUGAACAGGUAAUGCAGCUUGCCGCGUGCAUGCUGUCGGGUCCGGACUCAAACAUGGUAAUCGAUCUGCCAAGGCCAGCCAUUUUGAAACCACGAAAGUUGUGGACUGGUAAACAAAUAUUCAGCCUCAUCCUCAAACCAAACAGCCUUUCCUGUGUGAACGCGAAUCUGUCCACCAAAGGGCGUAACUACACAAAAGAUAUGGAUCUUUGUGUGAAAGAUUCGUGGGUAGUCAUAAGAAACUCGCAGCUACUAUGCGGUGCCAUGGAUAAGGGCACACUAGGUUCCGGGACGAAAAAUUGUAUAUUUUAUGUAAUUUUGCGCGACUUUGGCGAAGAUUAUGCGAUAAGAUCCAUGUGGAGACUGGCACGGAUGGCAUCGUACUUUAUGAUGAACCAUGGAUUUUCGUUUGGCAUCGGUGAUGUUACACCAAGUCGUCAGCUUCUGGAAGAGAAACAAAAACUGUUGGAAAAUGGAUACCGCAAGUGCGACGAAUAUAUUGCGGAGAUGAAGAAGGGAACGUUACAGUGCCAACCUGGUUGUACCGCGGAGCAAACUCUGGAAGCGGUAAUGCUGAAAGAGCUGUCCAGCAUACGUGAGUUAGCGGCAAAAGCAUGCUUUAGAGAGCUGCACCCAACCAAUAGCGCACUCAUUAUGGCCCAAUCGGGUUCGAAAGGAUCAAACAUCAAUAUCUCACAAAUGAUUGCCUGCGUGGGACAGCAAGCAAUCAACGGUAAAAGGGUGCCGAACGGAUUUGAGGACCGCGCAUUACCUCAUUUUGAAAAAUUCUCUAAAAUUCCCGCCGCUCGUGGCUUUGUGCAGAACAGCUUUUAUUCCGGCUUAACACCUACAGAAUUUUUUUUCCACACAAUGGCUGGCCGGGAGGGGCUUGUUGAUACAGCGGUCAAGACAGCAGAGACGGGUUACCUGCAACGACGCUUGGUAAAAUGUCUAGAAGAUUUGGUCGUACAGUACGACAGAACUGUUCGGAACGCCAUUGGUGAGGUAGUAGAAUUCACCUACGGUGCAGACGGGUUGGAUCCAGUCUACAUGGAGGUGAAGAAUAAACCGGUGGAUAUUGAGAGACAAUUUAUGCACGUCCGCAAUAUGCUUCCCUGUCGCGAUGAAUUGCCGUUACGCGGAGAGGAAGUGUACAGCGAAGGAGUACGAAUUUUAUCCAAACCAGAGUUUUCUAAGUGUGGUGAACAUUUUGGCAAGGAAUGUUUGGAAUUUUUACAAAAGUUUGGCACCCGUUUGGCUACCAUUCAACGACUUUAUCAGAACGGACCAAAAGUUUGUAUGGAAGCUGAGCGCACUACUGUCGGCCAGCUAGAACAAUUUCUGCUACAAGUACGCAACAAAUACAACAAAGCCAUAACCGAACCGGGAACGGCGGUUGGUGCUCUAGCCGCACAGAGUAUCGGGGAGCCCGGUACGCAAAUGACGCUCAAAACUUUCCAUUUCGCUGGUGUGGCUUCCAUGAACAUCACGCAGGGAGUGCCUCGUAUCGUGGAGAUUAUUAAUGCUACCAAAGCUAUUUCUACACCAAUCAUAACGGCGGAGAUUGAGAAUAAUACCAACAUGGAGUUCGCGCGUAAAGUAAAAGCCCGCAUCGAGAAAACAACACUGGGAGAAAUUUCUUCCUUUAUAGAAGAGGUGUAUAAGACGGACGAUUGUUUCCUUUUGAUUAAGCUCGAUCUCGAUCGCAUAAGAGUUCUUGGUCUGGAGGUCAAUGCUGAAACUAUACGUUAUUCUAUUUGUACGUCCAAACUGAAGCUAAAGCAGGAUAAUGUGGACGUUUGUGGACCUUCCAUUAUCACCAUUCGUCCCGACAGCAGCAAGCACAGCCACAGCUUAAAUGCGGAACUUCAGCGUCUCACCACAGCGAUACCGAACGUGGUGGUUGCAGGAUUACCGCAAGUAUCCCGCGCAGUUAUUGCCGUCGAUGAUUCCCGCGGCACGCCCAAGUAUCGGCUGUGCGUGGAGGGCUGUGGGUUGCGUGAUGUUAUGGCCACGUACGGAGUGAUUGGAACGAAAACCAAGAGUAAUAACAUUCUCGAGGUGUAUCAAACGAUAGGAAUAGAGGCAGCAAGAACUACAAUUAUGACAGAAAUCACCGAAGUGAUGGAAGGCCAUGGAAUGAGCGUGGAUCAUCGGCACAUUAUGUUGCUAGCCAGUCAAAUGACGUCACGUGGUGAAGUGCUUGGAAUAACUCGCCACGGUUUGGCAAAAAUGCGCGAGUCUGUCUUUAAUCUCGCAUCGUUCGAGAAAACGGCGGAUCAUUUGUUCGACGCAGCAUACUACGGUCAAACGGACUCUGUAGAUGGCGUUUCGGAGCGUAUUAUAUUGGGUAUGCCGGCAUCGAUUGGAACCGGACUGUUUAAACUUAUUCACAAUCACAACGAUACGCAACUGGAACAGAUUAGCGAGCCGAUUUUUAACAUGGUGUAAACAGAUUGCAGGUCAGUACGUUUAGCAAUGAUCAAUGAAUUUCCUUCCUUUAUCGUGAACAAA